UGAAAGGUCUUCUUGCUCAACAGAUAUAUUGGUAUCCGGUUCUUGUCCCGUACUUUAAUGAACAGCGGCUUCAGAGAGGCGAAGCUGUAUUGACAUUCGAUAAGACCGCAAAGAAUCUAUUCGAGACCGUUUGCGAAGAGGGCGAGCGCCAGUACAUCGUUCUCGAUGGUUUGGAUGAAUGCCGGCCCGAGGAACGAAAGUCGACAUUGUCGUUUCUUACGUCCUUGGUCACCCGAAUUGACGGCAGGAACCCCUCAAAGCUACGCGUCCUCAUUGUCAGUCAGGAGGAGCCUGAUAUAAGGAGAUGGUUAUCAUGGGCGGAAGAGUUUGCACUCAAACGCGAAGACAACAGCCAGGACAUACGUACAUUUGUGCAAGGACGUAUGGCCGAAAUUCAGCGGAAGUUUGGACUUAGUGUCGAGGCAUCAAAUCUAUUGGCGGAGCAUACAUGCCACAAUGCAGCAGAGCAAUUUCUGUUCGCCAAACUGGUGAUGGAACACCUUCUCCAACAAAAGAACAUUGAAGAUUUUGAGCAUGAAGUUCAGGUGGAGCAUUUUCCGAAGAAGUUGGAAGAGGCGUACGAUCGCAUUAUCGAACGGAUCAAGCUGCGGCGUUCUGACGGCAAAUGGGACGAUGCACAACAACUUUUGGGGUGGUUGACUUGCGCCGCUCGACCGCUCAAGUGGCGCGAAAUUCAAGGUGCGAUGGCAAUAUCCGUCGACAAGCGGGAAGUAGACCUCGAAAGACGUCGACUCCUAGAGACAGCCCAGGAUCUGUGCGGGCCAUUGGUCGCUGUGUAUCGGGACCGCGUGAUUCUCGUGCAUAGCACCGCCAAGAGAUUCAUCACGGUGACGAAGCAUGUCGACCUUCUGGCCGUGGAAUCCAGACUUGCGAGCUUGUGUCUGGAGUACCUCGCUUUCCGCCACUUUGACGGAGGUGCCAAGGUGGAAAACGUACUCAACGGGUCUUAUGCUUUUGCGGACUAUGCAGUUGCUAAAUGGAGCUAUCACUUCGACAAGAUACUCGGUCAAUUUGCCAGUCAAGUCGACGCAAUGCAAUCUGACACGUACGAAGCUGUGGUACAGGAGCUCUGUGGCGCAGUGGAGAACAUGGUUCGGGAGUGUGCGGACGAUCUUCGAAGCAGUCAUGCUGAGACCGAAGCGUCGCAACUGAAAGCCAGGCUGAAGCCCGAGGUCUGCCGCCUACUUACGGAUUUUGAAGGCGCGCAAGAUGGAUUUCGGUCAUUGUGGUGUCACGUCGAACUGCAUCGGACCAGAGACUUUGACAAACGCAACGAAAUCAGUUUAGACAGGCUGAAAACUGCGAUGGUCAGCAUUCGGAAGUUGCUGGAGGAGCUCUCUACAGACAAAGGUUUGCGGGCGGAAGCCCAUGAGCGACUGAAAUCAUACUACGGUUCCAAGUUUUUCCGAUGCUCGAAGCCCACUUGCUUCUACUUCCACGAAGGGUUUACCGAUGGGAGAACGAGAGACAAGCAUGUGGGCAGACACGAACGACCAUAUCAGUGCACGGCAGAAGAUUGCGACGAGGCCGACAUGGGAUUCGGAACGAAGAAAGACCUCGAAAAUCACAUGCACAACUUCCAUCCAGACGCCGAGAUGAAAGCCCAGAUCUUCAAGGAAUUGAAGCCAGCGACACCCAGCCACGCAAAGUUCGGCUGCGGACAGUGUGGCAAGAGUUUUGUCCGCAAGGCUAUAUUGCGAGACCAUGAACUGGCGCACAGCGGUCAAAAGCCGUUCCC